AACAACAGAGCAAUCAAGUUAAAAACGCGCGGGCGUUGUCAUUCAACAAGUUAGGGCAAGGGGAGCCGCAGCCACUGGCGCUGACAGCAGCUAAUUAUAAACAUAAUUCGCAAAUAUUGUCGAAACAUAGAGCUGAGUCAGCCAUGUUGUCAGCAGCAAAUGUGAAUGGUUUCUGCACGCCGGAAGUGCCGAUUGAUGAGCAACGAUUUCCGCUGCAGAGGGCGCUGCAGUGCAAUUCUUCACAUAAUCAGCCGCCACAACAACAGCAACAACAAUGGCGGCCACAGGCAAACUUCAAAAUGGCUGCGCCUGGAAAGUUUCCGGUGCUGCAAGCAGAGCAAUCUCUGCCGCAGGCCACAGCAACUUUUCCAGUUCAGCAGCAACAUGUAGAAAAUAAAUCUUUUAGCAAUAUUGUAACCACAACAGCAAUAUCUAAAUUUCCUGAGCAAGUGAUUCACUUGCCUUUGCCACAAAGAUUUCCGCUGCUCUGCCAAUUACCCAAGAGGAAUUUCAACUAUUCAACUCAAUCAAUAAGCGUGUGGGGGAGCAGACCCACCGUGGCGACAACGCGAUUCGCGCUAAACGAAUUUCCCACAAUUAAAAAACAAUUUAUCAGCUUUCCCAAUAAUCAGCCAGAGUGUAAGAAACAUCGAAAUGCCAAUGCCAAUGCUGCGCAUGGAAAUGAUCAGAGCAACGAGCCAACGCCAAAGCCAACAACAACGACGGAUGUGGUGCCCACACCAACAACAACGACAACACCAACAACAACAACAAGUACAACAGUGACGCAGACGAGCUACAAUAUGAGCACCAAAAUAGACAUGGAUUCGCAGCGGACAGUUGAUGCUGACAAUGACAAUGAUGAUGAUGAUCUCAAUGGUCAUCGCGAUGAUAAUAAUGUUGAUGAUGUACAUAAGGCGGCAUUUGAUAAUGAACUCAACGCUCACGAGCAAACAUUAAACUUGAACGUCGAAAUUGAAGGCGUUGGCGAGCGAAAGGAAAUCGAGCAUCAACAGGCGGAAAAUUUUAAUGACGCCUUUGGGUGGCGACACGACAACAACAACAGCAACAGCAAGAACAACAGCAACAUCAACAAUGAGAACAACAACAACGAAGGCAACGUCGACGACGACGACGCCAUGAAUGCUGGUAAUGCCAAAAAUAAACGCGAAAUAUGUGAGCAAAGCAAAUUAGAGACGGCAGCAGCUCAUAAUGAGCUAAAUAUGACUAAAGAGCGGCAGUCAAUAUGCUUGGCCAGCCGAGCAGAGCAGAGUCAAACAAUAGCUGAGGAGCUAACAGCCAUAGCCACAGGCACAGCCACAGCCGCAGCCACCGCCUCCACUCAUUCAGACGCGCGCGACUCGUCGUCAGAGCAAGUGGAUGGUCAGCAACGGCAACAAUCAGACGUAAUUCAAACCAAACCAAACGGUGCUGCUAGUUUAGAACUGCUAAAGAGUACGGUGCGCGCGUUGCUAGCCGAGAGUGCGAGCGUUAUCCCAGUGCCGGAUUGGGAUCUCGAUUUAAUAGAUCUAUUGUUGGAGCUGGUGCAGCUGAUUGCCACGGGUAACCUUUGGAGCGAGCCGGUGGUUGAGCAGGUGGUGGUCGGUGAAUGUGCGGACAUGACUGUGACGAAAGUGAGUGACGAGAGUGAAGCAACCGCCGUCGUUGUUGAUAUUUAUAGCGAUCCAAUUGAGCAGCCAGUAGAGCUGGAUGACAACAAUAAUAAUAGCAACAAUAGCAGCAGCAGCGACAUCAACGGCAACCAAAUCAGCGACAUGAAGUAUGAACUGCUCAAGAGCAAUGUUCGCUUGCCAGAACCUGUGUCGAGUCGUCUAUACAGCGCACCAACAAUAGCAGCAGCAACAGCAGCGGCCUCAGCAGCAGCAGCAGCAACAUCCACAGCAACAGUUGCAGCCAUCACGAGUCGUAUACGUGAUGCGGCUGUGCCAUUGGCCUCGACCUCGCGUCCACUGCUGAGCGAAUCCAAACGCAGUUCCACAAGUCGAGAAGAUGUAUCAAUUGAUGUGGAAUCUCUUCUGCCGGAGCGCACGCGUCUGCGACGUCAGCGACGCAUGCGAUCGCAGGAUUCGGUGGAGGAGAAGCCGGAAGAUGUUAUUGAGCGACUGAACAAGUUGAAGGCGCGCAUUUCGGGUGCACUAAGCGAGGUGAAGGGUGUGCUGAAGCAGUACAGCACAGAGAGCGAGGCCGAAGCAGCCGGCGUUAAGUGGACCGGACCACCAACUGUUGCCGCGAGCGUAGCGCCGACGGAAGUGGAGCCAGAGCAACCCAUACAAUUUCGUUUUGUUAAGAAAGUAAGAAGGCGCAGCUAUUUCGAUGAAGCUGAUGAGGAUAAGGACACGGGUAAGGAGAAGCACCAGGUGCAGGAGCAGAAGCCAAAGCCGAACGAAGAUUUGACAAAGCCUACAAAUAAUAAAUCUGAACAGCAGUCACAAGCCAAAGAAGAAGCUGUUAUAGUAAAAGAAGCUGUUUCAGAGAGCAAACCCAAGGAGGAGCUGAGGGCAGCAGAAGCUACUCAAGAGAACAAAACCACUGGGAAACACAAUCAACUCACAAAUCAAAUCAAAGGCGACCCAGAGAAACCAAAUGAAUUUACCCAAGUCGAAGCAAUUGAGAAGCAACAUCAAGUAAAGCAAUCAAACCAAUUCAAGGAGGAGCAACCUACACUCGCAGAAUCAACUUCAGAGAGCAAGGCUAAGGCAAAAACCGAUGAAAAAUCUAAGACACAAGCUAAGCUUGAGUUUCUGGCAAAAGUGCAAAGCGAACUCAGGUCAAAGCCAAAGGCAAGAGAAGCAACAGCAAUCAAAGAGGCAGUUGCAGGCACAGCAGCAACAGCAGUCAACGAGCAACUCAAAGCAGCAGCACCAAUUGAAGGGGAGUCCAAAGCCAAGGUCGAGCUCGAAGAGAAGCCUAUAGAGACAGAAAGAAACAGCCAAAGACUUGAAGAAACAGCCAAAGAGACGACCAAGGACAGUUGCCAAGUGGCCGACACAGCAGCAACAUUAACAGCAACGGCGCAGCAGCAGCCCGUGGAGGGUGUGGAGGCCACAUCACAGACAGCAGCCGCAUUGCCCGAUGAGUCAGCCACGCAGCCAGCAACAGGAAUCGAGGGAUUGCCCAAGAAGGCCGCAGCCAAAAAGAAAACGGUUGUCAAGCUGCGAAAUCCGCGACGUGCGUCCAUUGCAGCCGUGGAGCCAUCCAAGAUAAAGGUCGAGCCUGUGCCGGGCGCUGCACUGAUACAAAGGCGACCCUCCGACUCGGAAGCGAUUGUCAAGCGCAAGAAGAAGCAGAAAUUAACGAUAAUCGCUUCCGGCAGCGAUGAGAGGGCGGCGGCGAUGGCGACGACAGCGCUGCCACAGGCGACAACAAUAAAUGAACAACUUGUAACCGCAGAGGUCAACAGCAAUGCAGACACUGCCAAAAGCGUAACAAAACCAACUGCCAAAAGCGUCGACACGAAGCCAGAGGCAGAGGCAACAGCAGCAACAGCAGCAGAAGCAAACGCAGCGACAACAUUAACGGCAGCAACAUCGCAGACGGCGCCAAAACAAUUGCCAAUCGAUGGUUUGGCCAAUCAAGCAGCAGCCAACGAACCGAGCAGACGCGAAAGCCUGAAACUAGCCGAAUUGGUGGGUGAAACGGUGCUGGUACUACCAGCAGCAACAACAGCAGCAGCAGCAGCAACAACCGCAACAACAACAGCAACUGCAACUGCAACAACCUUAACGCCAGUGUCAAGUGCAAUCAGCGGCUCAUUAAGCCAGUUUAAAGAACCCAUUAAUCAGAAAUUAAUUAGCCCGGCAAUUGCAGUAGCAACACCGCAACAGGUGGUCGACGCCGUUGACAUUGAAGUCGCCCCCGUUGAUGCCGCGACGCCACAAAUAGCAGCGACAUUGAGCGAAGUGUCGCACGAAGAGUCAUCGCCACAGCAACAACAACAAAAACAACAAGAACAACAGCAGAUACAGCAACUAGAGCAAUCAGAGCAACAAGAACAACAACAACAACAGGCAAUCGCUGCUGCUACAAAAGACAACGCACAGGCGCAAGUGAACAACAGUCUAGAUACCAUGCCGGAGCUGAAAGUACUUGCCGGGCCCGUGCAGCCCGUUAAGAUCGAAACUGUUGAGCAGCCGCACGAUGAAUCCGAUCUGGUGGUCUCCGCCAAGAAGAAGACCACGCAUCUCAAGAAGCUGGUGCGGAAAAGUUCCAUAGACAAGGGCAAGGAGAAGGCGAACGAAUCGGCCACCAAGCUCAACAAUAUUCUGAAGGAUAAGAAUAAGAUAGGCGAUCUAGCGGAUCGCAUCAAUAAGCAAACGCCGCCCAAGAAGACGACAAAGGCAGCCAAGGAGCAGGCAACAGCAACAGCAAUCGAUGCACAGCAGCAACAGGAGAAUGUAAAGGAGACGGAAACAGCCAUCGCAGCGGAAACGGAACCCGAAGCGGUUGAGGAAGCGCAGGUGGAAGUGGAGCCAGCGCCUGUGCCCAAAAAGCCGCGUCAAGUCAAGAAGAAAGUGAUCAUAAAGCGACAGAAGCGGCGUCUCUCCAUUGGCGACACCUUCUUCAUACAGCAGGAGCCAGAGGAGCCCAAGGUGCCUGAGAUUGAGACAAUUGAGAAGGCCAUUGCCUACGUGACAGACGAUGAAGCAGACCCCGAACCAGAACCAAAGCCAGAGCCCGCGAAGCUCAAGUCCUGCCUGCAUGUGCGUGAAUACAAGAUUGGGGAUCUGGUGCUGUAUGCGGAGCGAUAUCGCAAGACCCAGGUGCGCUGGAAGCGUGGCCGAGUCUUGGAGCGCAUCACCAGCAUUUCGUAUAAGCUCGAGAUCGAGGGCAAGGAGGUGGCAGCCCAUAUCAGCUAUAUCAAGAAGUACACCGGACGCAAGGUGAAAUUUGUGGGCAAGGAGUAUCUGGAGAUCGACUACGAACAGGUGGUCGAGGAGGAGCGACGUGCGCGCAGCUACAGCAUAUGGAAUAUGGUCUAAGCCAGAUCCGAAGGCAAUCAGCCAACUUCAUCCACCAGUUGGCCAGCUAUGUAAGUGUUACCCAAAUGUGAUCGUCGCCCUUGGCAGCCGCUUCCUUCCAUUAAGAAAUUCACAUGGAUUUUUUAAAGGAUCUCAAGUACGACAUUCAGUUAUGUUAUAGUCUUUUGUCACACACUCUCACACUCUCUAGUUUAAAUCUAUGUAAAUAUACAAUAAAUGAUGUAUCUGUAGCUUAGCUAUCCUAGUGUUAGUUCUAACUAUUUUCUAUAUGUAUACGUAAAUUAUUCCAAGAUAACGAAUUUGUUAUAAAAUUUCACGUUGCCUUUUUGUUUUUACACGUUUAGUUUACAUUUUAAGCAAAAACCAAAAGAUUUAAUGUUUAAUAAAGAGAAGCAAAAUAUCUGAA